AUGCGAUCCAGCCAUGAGGCUGCACUGACGAACUCCUCUAGCUCGUCAGCGAGCGAACAUUCUCGCGAUAGCAAGCCACCUUCGCCCCCACGAGGCAGUCAUUUCUGCCGCCUCAGGUCUAUUGUCGGCAAGGAAGGUGGUGCUAUAGAGGCAAUUGGACACCAGAUUCUCGUUGAACCCAGCGCCGACGGCAAAUUAACACCAGAGAAGAUUCAGUCGGCUUUCCACCGAAGCUCACUCUUCGCAUACCAGCCCAAGGCCAAGAUGGUCUUCAUCUCCAACGCAACCGAGGUUGGUACCAUCUACACAAAGGCUGAGCUGGCAGCCAUCGCCUCCGUGUGUCAAGAUCUGAAGCUGCUGCUUCUGAUGGACGGUGCCCGCCUCGGCGCGGCCUUGGCCUCCCCGAAGAGCGACAUAUCAAUGCGCGACGUCUAUAACCUCACCGAUGUUUUCUGGAUCGGAGGCACCAAGAACGGGGCACUGCUCGGCGAGGCUGUUGUCAUUAAGGAUCCGUCCUUUGGGACACAGUUUCCCUACCACAUGAAGCAGCGAGGGGCGCUUCUCGCCAAAGGGAGGGUUUUGGGCAUCCAAUUCAGCACGCUUCUGAGGGAUGACUUAUUUUUCCGCCUCGCUCGUCACUCCGACGUUGCCGCGGCCGACAUGUCUUCCUGUCUGGUGAAGUUGGGAUUCAAGCUCUGGCAGGAGACUGAGUCUAAUCAGGUCUUCGUUGUUUUACCGCCGGAAUUGGUCCAGGAGCUGCAGGAGAGCUUCGACUUUUUCAUUUGGGACACUCUCGGUGACGGCUCUUUGGUUGUCCGGUUGGGCUCUGGCGAUCAAAAAUUUGUGCCCGAUGUGACGGCUGAUUUUCUUCACCAGCUCGCCGCCAAGUCGCCCUUGCUGUUCGAGCUGUUCGGCAAAAUCUCACUGUUCAUCACCUCCACCCCCCCCUACGGCCUCGGCUAUCCUAGCGACAUUACACAAAGCGCCUACUAUAUGGGCUCCGGUAUCACGGAGCACGAUAUUCAGAUGGCUUCCAAAGUCCUCGAGCGGAAUUCCAUCUUUCCCGAGAACACGAGAAUCCGCAAAGCAGAGAAGGGCGGCGACUUCGAGGUGCUCCUCGCGUCCGUCGACCACACCGACCUCGGCCGAAGCUUCCGUCUUCCCGACGCAAAAGGAAUCGUGACGCUGACGCGCGGAGAUCACUCUUCCCACCCCGAGCGCGUGUGCGCCGAGCUCUUCGAGGCACUCAAGUAUGCUGCCAACGACAGACAGAGAGCUUUUCUGCACGCCUGCAUCGAGAGUUUCAGGACUUGCGCCGAGGGUCGAACACAUGUUGGUUUUCUGGAACCGUACCGCGACCCUCACGGGAUACGAUCCGAGUUUGAGGGUCUGGUGGCUAUUGCUGACGACAAGGAGACUGCACUGCUCGCCAAGUUGGUCGAGGACUCGGCGAGGUUCAUCCGUCGGUUGCCUUGGGCAACAGGAGCAGAGAACGAUGGGAAGGGACCGUUUGAGAAGAAUUUGUUGGAGCCGCCGGACUUCUCAAGCAUGCACGCUCUUGCAUACUGCUCCAGUAUCAUUUUCCCAGGAAUUAAUCUUCCAAACUACAACGACAUCCGGCAGGAAGAGGGCUUCAAGAACGUCAUCAUUGCCAACAGAAUGGCCGUGGAAAGCCAAGCCCAACAGUACCCCUUCAUCGAUGCCUCAGAAGCUCAAGAGUUCAAGAGGUGCAAGUUCCCCGCCUACUACUCUCCAAAGUGGAGGGCGAAUGCAUCGAGUGGCGGCAGACGGUGCUGGCGACGAAACCUCCGCCCCUGGUUUUCGCGCAGGCCAAUACUUUCCUCGACGGCGACACAGUCGUGCUCAGGGAGUACGAGCCGACGGUCGAGGGCGUGAUUCAGAGCUGGGCGGAGAGAGGGGUUUGAUCGGGACUCCUAGUGCGGCGUGUCUGGUCGGUCGUCAUCAUUCUUUCCUUCUCGUUGACAGCUUUUCACAUUGGUUUGCUUCCUCAGUCAUUACCGGGGUGUUUGGCAG